AGAAAUGCCAGAAGCGAUGUAGUGGACAAAGAAGAGCAGGAGAGAAUCAAACUGGAAAUCGAGGAACCGUCGAAGUGGCGCGGGCGGGAAAAAAAGCGCAUUUGAAGGAUGGCUGCCCCGCAUGCUCGAUAAGAAACUCCAACCUUUGGGCCCUGACAAGGCUGACGUGACUCAACCUCUCCCACUCCUCGCCUAUCAUACAAGGCUCCAUUGGCGGUUGGGGUAAGACUCCUUACUUUAAAGGUUCAGCGAACCUGUGGGAAUCCAUCACUGAGCGAUUCCCUUCCUUAGCGGACUUUGACGCGUGCCUUCUCCUUCGCCCCUCCAUCUUCACCAUCACCUUCUUCCUUACCAUUCGCACCCUCUCUACAGCUAACGUACCUCCACGCACGAGCGUUACAAUUCCCCGCCUGAUUUACAAUACGCGACACUCGACGAGUCGCAAUGGUGCAGCAGGACGCGCAGGAAGUCGCUCAGCUGGUGGCCAGCCUGGAGGCCGCCAGCAAGAAAGGCACUGCUCAGGGAAAGAAGUCGUUCAAGUGCAAGAAGUCUACCUUCAACGUGGAAAAGGCAGACAAGAUCCAGGUGCAUUCGUGGAAGUUCAUGGACUGGGAUUACAAACGCAGCGAUCUUCCAACCUACGCUCGAGGACUGUUCACCACCCAAAGGAAGGAUGGCACCCACGAGAUUGCCGUCCGCGGUUACGACAAAUUCUUCAAUGUGGAUGAAGUUAAUGAAACGAAGUGGAGGAACGUGGAGAUGAACACACGGGGUCCCUAUGAGCUGAGUGUGAAGGAGAAUGGAUGUAUCAUCUUCAUCUCUGGCCUGGAAGAUGGCACCUUGUUGGUCUGCAGCAAACAUUCGACGGGCGUCCGGGACGAUAUGAACUUCAGCCAUGCCCAGGUCGGUGAACGUUGGGUCGAGCGCCAUGUUAGCUCUGUCGGAAGAACCGUCAAGGAUCUGGCACGAGAGCUGCGCAGGCUGAACGUCACGGCGGUAGGGGAGCUAUGUGACGAUACCUUUGAGGAGCAUGUUCUUGCUUACGACGAGAAUGCUUCGGGUAUCUAUCUGCAUGGACUCAACUUCAACGUGCCCCAGUUCGCCACGCAGCCUAGCUCGGAGGUACACAAAUUCGCCGAUGCAUGGGGCUUCAAAAAGGCCAAUUUCGUCGUAUACGAUGAUCUCGACCAGGUGAAGGGGUUCCUCGAUGAUUGCGCUGAAACAGGCACCUGGGAUGGUCGGGAGACUGAAGGCUUUGUGGUCCGAUGCCACAUGGGCAUUCAGGGACGCCCCCCAUACCAGGACUGGUUCUUCAAGUAUAAGUUCGAGGAGCCCUACCUAAUGUACAGGCAGUGGCGCGAGUGUACGAAGGCAGUCAUCUCCGGAAAAUAUCCGAAUAUUCGAAAACACAAGAAGAUCACGGAAGAGUAUUUGCAUUAUGCUCGGAGACAGCUCGCUCAAAACCCUCACCUUGGGCAUCUCUACCAGCAAAACCAUGGAAUUAUUGCUAUGCGAGAGGGCUUCUUGAAGGAGAGAGGUCUCAACGGAUCGGAAAUUAUUCAAAUGGAAGCCGACGGCGGAAGUGAAGUGACGAAGGAUGUGAUUCUAGUCCCCGUCGCUUCACUAGGCUGUGGCAAGACUACGGUGUCUCUUGCUCUGUCCAAGUUGUUUGGAUGGGGGCAAGUGCAGAACGAUAACAUCCCAAAGCAGAAGAGCAAACCGAAGAAAUUCGCCUUGGACAUCACCAAUCUCCUUGGCCUACACCCGGUAGUGAUCGCGGACCGGAACAACCACAUGAAGCGCGAAAGACAGCAACUUAUAGACGAUGUAUCCGUCGUUAUUUCCCGGGCUCGCUUUGUCGCACUUCAGUACGUCCACGAGCCCAAGGGUCAACUGCUUCCAGGAAUCCGCGAGGUGACGCGGAAACGCGUCCUCGACCGUGGAGACAACCACCAAACCAUCCGGGCAGGAAGCAAAAACUCAGAGGAGAUCAUCGGAAUCAUGGAAGGUUUCCUCAACCGGUUCGAGGCCGUUGAUACCGACCGUGAGCCGGAUUGCCAUUUCGAUGAAGUGAUUGACCUCGACGUUGGUGCCUCUUCGCGGGAGAACCUGGAGACGGUAGUAAAGGCUUUACACUCGUUCUAUCCUCACCUCGUGACCGAGGUGCCGACAGCACAGCAACUUGAUGAGGCUAUUGACUGGGCGAUGAACGACUACCAAGUGCAGUUGGAUCUGAGCCAUCAGUACGGCUCAGCAAAGCAGGCCCAGAAACCAAAGAACAAGAACAAAAUCACCGGCAGCCCGGUACCUGCAGCACCAGAACCCGAAGACCUGGCCAAGAAGAUCGAGUACUUCAACAUCUCCCUGCCUGCAGCAGAGGUGAAGAACAUCCUUCAAUCUUUGUUCCCCCAAUCCACGCCUCCGGAAAAAGCACGCCUGUACAAUCAGUUAACGAACAGCCGACGCAUCCAGGGCGCAUUCCAUGUGACUCUGAUCCACCGCGCCUCGAAGAAAGACUUUCCCGACAUCUGGGACAGCUAUGUCCGUCAGUACAUUGAUAAGAUGAAGAGCAAACCCGAGUCUGAUCCCACCAUCACCCCCACGCUGGCUCCGGCUCGCGUGCGUUUGGAGCGUCUCGUUUGGGACAACCGUCUGAUGGCCUUCGUAGCGCGGAUCAUGCCCCCCGAAGACCAGAAUCAGGCUGAUUGGCCAUGCUCCAAUGAAACUCCGCACGUCACCGUGGGCACCGUCUCGCCCGACGUCAAGCCCAAAGAGAGCAACGACCUGCUGAAAUGGUGGCAUGAAGUCGGCUCAGGCGGCGAGACUGGUCUCUGGGAAGCCGAGAUCCCAGGGGUCAAGGUGGUGAACGGAACCGUGGGAAUGGUGAUGAGCUGGAAAUAAAUUAAUGACUGAUGAUGGGUCAUGAUUAAUGAUAUCGGAAUGAAAGUAGAUGCUUAGUGUGUCAUAGAUAUGAUUACACAAUCAACCAGACCUCUUAUUUUCAC